CACACAGUCAGUCAACGAAUACCGGGACACAAACUGGCGAUGAUCAUCAUGCCUUAUAAAAUUAUCGGUUAUUUCGUCGCCUUACUGGCCGUCACCCGCGCCGGGAUCAUUGGUCCAGGUGCAGCCGCAGUAGCUGUCGCGCAGCAGCCAGCUGCGACGGUUAUCAGAGCCGAAAACUACAAUUCGCAUCCUCGAUAUAGCUUCGGUUAUAGCGUGGCAGAUGGUCUCACCGGCGACAACAAGGCGCAGGAGGAAACUCGCAACGGCGACGUAGUUGAAGGAAGUUACAGCUUAAUCGAGCCCGACGGUGCCAGGCGUCUCGUCUCCUACGCGGCCGAUCCCAUCAACGGUUUUAACGCGGUCGUACAGCGGGAUCCCAGCAUCACCGCAUCCGCUGCAGCAGCGGUGCAUCCCGUCGUUGCGCCGUCCGUGAUCGCCGCAGCUGCACCAGUUGCCGUUGCAAUUCGCCCGCAGGCGACCGUCUUGGUGAGGCAGCCGUUCAAUUCGGGUGCCACAAACAUCGCAGCCGUGAAUCCGGGACUGCUGAGUUUAGGAGUGGGCCUGGGAGUUAGAUCGGGAUCUAUUUACGGCACGCAAACUCACGUCGCGAAUGUCGGUAUCGUGAAAGUUCGCUAAAUGCAUGCAUAAUUGCAUCAGAAAGCGGUGGUUUCGCUACUUGGCUUCCCUCCACGACGCAUCUUGAAAAUGUUCCUUGCCCGUUCAUGCGCAUCAGGAUCUCCUUACGCACAUCUCUCUUAUUGUUAGCCGCAUUUACGAAGUAUAGAUAUUAAAAUGUGCGUAAGAAGAUAUUACUAUAUAUUUAUUUCUAUAUCAUUUUAAAACAUGAAACAUUAUUUAUAUGUAUCUCGAAAUA